AUGCCCGCAAGGCCCAAUUCUGCAAUAAUCCUGCCAGAGUCCAACAAAUCAGGGAAGAAACUUAAAUCCAAGAAGACUGAGAAGACAAAUGCAGAAAAAGUGCCUGUUUAUGUGCCGAACAUCCCAGAGCCAACGAGCAGAGCUGAGCUUAUUAAGUACUGGAUGCAUUUGACUUUGGAUGAUAAGACUGCCAACAAGAUGUUGUGGAUUUCUGAAAACGGGUCAAAGGUGUGUCGUAGAACUCAGGAGGUUUGUCCUGUCCUGGAUAGACCCGAAAGAUAUGAGCACUCUCCACAGGUGUUGUGCAAAGAGGGUAUUUGGAACACAAGGGCUUACUGGGAGGUGGAGCACACAGGGUGGGUGGUAAUUGGAGCCACCUAUGAAGGAGCAGGAAGAAGGGCAAAUUGUGGGCCAAGCGGCCUUGGAGAAAAUGAGGAGUCCUGGGGUCUGUGUUGGUCGGGCACACGUUACCAGAUCUGGUUCAACAGUAUAGACAAAGAUAUAUGCAAUGUCCCAUUCAGCUCCACAAUUGGGGUUUACAUCGAUCAGCCUGCAGGAAUCAUAAACUUUUAUGUUGUGACCGGUGAAGGGGCAGAGAGGGAGGUUAAGCUGUUGUAUAAAGUUAAUACUACUAUUGAGAAAAAGAUUCUUGCAGGUUUCUGGAUGGGAAUUGAAUCAUCAUGCACAAUACUGAAGAGACCAGAAUGA